ACUACACUCUCUGCUCCACAUAACUAUUCUCCCUUGUGUAUUUUCUGCUCCAGGGAACCUGUCUGUCUCUGCUCCAGGUAACUUCUCUGUCCUGCACUCUACUCCAGGUACAAUAGUGUUCUCUUCAUACGAAAGCAAAACCAGUUUUGAAGUGGCACAUUUUUUUCUCUUUUAAAAUGCAGCCCACAUUUUUGUCCUUCUCCUUUCGAUCUGUUAGUCCGCGUCAUGGCAGCAGAUUCAUAUUCAUCCUCUUUGUUUUUGGAGUUUUGCUGUUCUGCACGGGAUUCCUGCUUUCCAUCUUCGGGUUCCAGUCCUGUACUUCGGAUACCCUCUCCGGCUGCAGCAUGACAUUCAAAGUAGUGGGUCCUGCGCUUGCUGUAGUAGGACUGGCUUCAGUCUUGAUGGCAAGAUCUAGAGCCAGGCUGGAAGUCAGGAGAAGAGAAAUGGCAGGAGACCAGACUGACCCAGACACCGUCUUUCUUUGUGGUGAAAGCCGGCAGUUUAUUCAGUUUCUCAUAUUUGGCGUAUUGUUUGUCACCUCUGGAAUUCUCAUUAGUGUGCUUGGAGUAUGGAUUCCUGGGUGUGGUUUAGGAUCUCCGCACCAUAAUGUCAAUGGGACCGUGUCUGACUUCAAAACCUGUGGAUUCCUUUCUCUUCAAAUAAUGGGACCGUUAAUUGUGUUGCUGGGGCUCUGUUUUUUUGUGGUAGCUCAUGUAAAGAAAAGGCAUAACAGCAGUGAAACCGAUGACUCCACGACAGAGGAUGAACCACAGACCCCAACAGAUGAGCCCUUUCACAUUACUGUUGGAGACUCGGUUAUAAUAUUCCCACCCCCACCUCCACCUUAUUUUUCGGAUCCAUCAUCUCAAACAACACACCAUGGGGGUAGCACAUUGCCCAGGAGUGAGAACCCACCUUCCUAUAACAGUAUUUUUAAUACAAGAGUACGUAUUAAUGGACAAGAGAGUGUCAGAGUCCGGGAUACAGUAUAUACCAUUUCUUUGCCAAGUACUUCAGAGGGCUAUACCAACCCUUCUUUCUCACCUGAGCCACCACCAAAGUAUGAAGAGAAAGAUCCUUGCCCUACAGGACCUACUCAAGCUUCAUCUCCAGCAUCCUCUAAUGAAGCAGCUUUACCUCCCCAAAGUCCACCCUACCAGGAACGGGAAUAGAAGCCGACACUGAUCACACCUUUUUAUACAGACUGUUUAGUGUUGGAGAGGAACUAGCAUUGCAGAAUGCCAGAGGAACAUGGAACAACUGCUUUACUGCUUGCUGCAACAUUUGCUCAGGGGGAUUAAGUAUCUAAAGUCAUUACUUGGGCAAUGGUAAAGUGCUGCUAAGUAAGUUUUUGUGUAGUGACCUCACUGCUCUUGUACUUAUAUUAAAUGUUAUCUGAUGAUAUCUCUUUAACAAAGAAUGAGAAGGCUCUCGGGCAAAGGAGCCAUACUUGAUGCUGUAUGUAAGAUUCUGCUGAUGGAAAUCUUGUAUGUCCAGUAUCUGGACAAUUUUUAUGAAUUAGUACAAAUCUUUAGUGUAUAAAUGGCAGCAGGAAAAUUGGGUUAGAAUUGGUAACUUGCAGUUAAAGUGAAAGCCUGAAAUUUUAAAUUGCUACUAAAAUGACAUGGAAAUUCAUUGUUUUUGUGUUUUAAGACUUGUUUUCUCUACCUGUAAGAGAAAAUUAAUUUUACUUCCACAAUUUCUCACUUUAAAUUAUUUUUAACAAAAAAAAUAACAUUUUUGAAAUAAAUAUUAAUUUACCUUG